AUGAUACCCAAUUCGAUCAUCAAACUUUUGGUUUCGUUUGUAUUUCUACUGCUAGGAGGAGGAUUUUUCUACAAAUUCUUCAUAUCCUCAUCUCCUCAAUCUACUCACACCAAAAAGAAACAAAAUUCAUCGGAAACGCCCAAAAAAUCCGAUCGAAGUUUAUUGGACAUCAUUCAGGAUGAUAACACUACUAGUGCUUGUACUGAUGAUGACAAGGAGAAAAUUUCCUUGUUUGAUUAUUUGACAGAAGUUGAAGAAGAAAACCUGUCGUCGGAUAUUUGCAAUUCGUCAUUACCAACGUCACAUUCAACAAAAGAAGAUCAACAAUUAAUUUCUGAGCCCGUCAUGAUGGUAAACAAGGAAGAAGUGGACACUUCAAUCGUUGAACAGAAAAAAGAAGAUCAAAAACUAGAUACUGUUCAAAUUACCAUUGAAGAUGAGUGGGAAAUUGUCGAUCUGCCAAAUGUCAAAUCUUCUUCGCCAAAAACUGCAACUAGGAACGUUCCAGAACCUUCUGAAACACAUCUACAAGUUCAUUCCGAUUCAAAGAGGGAUUCCAUCGAGUUAUCAGUCAAUCAAGAAGAGUUUAGUCAAGUUUACAAGACUGUAUCGUCAGUGUUAAAAAAGAAACAUUCUCCAACCAGUGUUGAAGUCACCAAAGAUUCGAAUCAUCUCAAUACUAGUCACGAAGAGUUUGAUUUGGCUGAAGAAGAAACUGCUUGGACUUGGACCGAUGUUGUGAGUGACGAAGAAAAUGACGAAGAAGAGGAAGAGGAGCAAGAUGAACAAGAUCAUGCUCGAGAGAGUCUUUUGAGAGAAGAGUUCAUUCCAACCACAUACGAAGAACAAUUGAAAAUGGAUGAAAUGAAAAAGAUGAAUGAAAAACGAAAGAACAUCUUGUCUGAAAUUUUAACUACCGAAGAAUAUUAUGUGAAAGGUUUAAUCAUCUUGACAGGUGUUUACAAGAAGCAAAUCGAACAAAAGAAAAUUGUGGAUCCCAAAAUCUUAAAAAUCAUUUUCCAAGAUGUUGAGAUUGUGAACAAUGUAAAUCAAAAAUUUUUAGAAGAAUUGAGAAAAAUUUAUGAAAAAGAAAAGAGUUUGAUUCGAAAUUUAGAUCCACAUCAGCAACAGCAAGUACAAUCAAGUUUGGGAGAAUUACUCAACACAUAUGCUCAUUCAUUUAAAUUGUAUUCGAGUUAUAUUGCAGGUUAUAAGAAGGCAGCUGCCACGUUUUCUGAAGAAAAGAAAAGGAAUAAGAAAUUAUGUAAAUUAUUAGAUUCCAUCAAACAAUUGUUGAAGCAACAGGGAGAGAGAAUUACAAACAUGGAGAGCUAUUUAGUGACACCUAUUCAGAGAAUUCCCCGGUAUCGAUUACUUGUCGAAGAUCUCGUCAAGCACACUCCUGACAAUGAUCCAACUCGACCAAAACUCAUUGAAGCUCUCGAACUGAUCAAAUCCAUUGCCAUCUAUGUCAAUGAAGCAGAAACUAAGGUAGAGAACAUUCAAGUCACUUCUCAUAUGGUUCACAAAUUUAAGCUAAAAGGUUUCAUCCGACCAUCUAGAUUUAUUAUCGACUAUUGGUCACAAGAAAAUAGCGCUUCUCCCUUUAUUCAAUGCCGAGUCGAUGGAAAAAUUCUAAAUUGUGAAUUAUACAUUUUCAAUGACGUUCUCGUUUUACACAAAAAUUAUGAUAGUUUUUUAUAUUCGAAAGUAGAUAUUUAUUUUACUCGAAAAGGAUACAAGCAAACCACAAAGCACAUGAUUAAGGAUGUGAAAAUUACAACUGCUACAUCAUCCAAUCCUCGAGCAAGUUUGAGCAAUAGUGGUGGAAAUAUUCAGUGUGACACCACACUAGUUAGCAUUUCUUGGAAUUAUGAAAAUUCACAUUCUACCAAAGAAUUGACCUUCCUCACAACCUCCAUGGAAGAUGCCACGCGAUUAGAAAAUUCUUUACGAAAAUCUGUAGAUUAA